CUCGAUUUCAUACGUGCUUGGCUUGUCCAGUGACUCUUCUCAUCGAUAUCUUUUGUUGCUAAUCUCCAGUCAAUCGAUUUAUGGAAUUGGCGGGUAACAAAACAAUCCAAUUUUCUUCCUGGUGGGAUACGACAUGGAGAGAAUAUAACCUUGUCGUACCCUACACAGGCGAUGAAACAGGAAGUUUUUAGCGAUUUGAAUUAAUUAUGUUGAAUAGAUACCCAGUGUUUAACCUUUGUAGGGGAUGGGAUUCAGAUUAUCAAACAGGCUAGUGGACAAGUCUUUGGAUCUUUGGUUUGGCCGUCAAUAAUUUAAGAAUUUUAAUUGGAAUAAUGAUUUGUGAUACGGUAUGGUGGUGUCGGGACUUGUAUAUAAUGCUCUGUUUUGACGAAUUUGAAUCAAAUUCAACACAAAUCAGUAAUCCAGCUGGUUGAUCUUGGAUUUCAAUUGGAAGGGUUUGUUGUGUUGUUCUGUUUUCUUUACCCCCCGCAAUGAAUUCCCUUGCAAAUGGAAGUUUCAGUUGCAGAGCUAUUUCUGAGCUCAAUGGCAGCUUUGGGAGCACACAGAGGUACAGUAUUAAACUUUCAUCUUUCGUUGGAGGGGGGAGAAGGGUAUGCAGUAAAAAAGCAGGUGGUUCACGUAGGGGCAAAAUUGUUGCUUGCUCUGCUGAAGGAACUGUUACUACAAUUGCUACUGGGGUUCCAGAUUCUUCUAUAUUAUCGAAACGAGAAUUCCCUCCAGCGUUUUGGAAGGAAGAAAUGAUCAGUUCUCUGAUAUCCACUUAUGAUGAGCUGAGUGCACCUGAGAAAGAGCAGCGGAUGCAGACCCUGAUUGCGGAGAUAAAGGACAUGUUUAAAUCAAUGGGGGACGGUGAAACGAAUCCUUCUGCCUAUGAUACUGCCUGGGUCGCAAGGAUUCCUUCUGUGGAUGGCUCUGACCGCCCUCAGUUUCCUCAGACGCUUCAAUGGAUUCUGAAAAACCAGUUGAGCGAUGGUUCUUGGGGCGAAGAAUUGUGCUUCUUGACAUAUGACCGUGCUCUGGCUACUCUUGCCUGUGUUAUUACGCUCACUCUGUGGAAUACUGGGGAAGAGCAAGUGAAGAAAGGUGUUGAAUUUAUAACGAACCAUGCUGAGAGAAUGGAGGGGGAAGCAGACAAUCACCGGCCUAGUGGAUUUGAGAUCGUUUUCAUUUCAAUGCUCAAUGAAGCUCAGACUUUAGGAUUGGAUCUCCCUUAUGAUCUGCCUUUCUUUAAGCAGAUCAAUGAGAUGCGCGAGACUAAGCUUAAAAAGAUUCCGUUGAAUGUUGUCCAUGCCAUUCCAACAACAAUACUCUACUCCUUAGAGGGGUUGCAGGAAAUAGUAGAUUGGGAUAAAAUGAUGAAACUUCAGUCCAAGGAUGGAUCCUUCCUCAGCUCCCCUGCAUCUACAGCUGCUGUGUUCAUGCGCACAGGAGACCAAAAAUCUUUGGACUUUUUGACCUUUGUUCUCAACAAGUUUCAUGAUCACGUUCCUUGCCACUAUCCGCUGGAUCUGUUCGAACGUCUGUGGGCUGUGGACACUGUUGAACGCUUGGGGAUCGAUCGCCAUUUCAAAAACGAAAUCAAAGAAACACUCGAUUAUGUCUACAUGUAUUGGGAUGAAAGGGGCAUUGGAUGGGCCAGAGACAACGCUGUGGGUGACAUUGAUGACACAGCUAUGGGCCUUCGAAUCCUUAGACUCCAUGGAUACAAUGUAUCUUCAGAUGCCCUGAAGACAUUCAGAGAUGGAAAUGGAGAGUUCUUUUGCUUCAUGGGCCAAACUCAGAGGGGAGUUACAGAUAUGCUUAACGUGCAUCGCUGCUCCCAAGUUGCAUUACCUGGAGAAGAGAUUAUGGAAGAAGCGAAGCUCUGUACACAGAGAUAUUUGACAAAUGCUCUGGAAAGUGUGGGAGCUUUCGACAAGUGGGCUCUCAAAAAGGACCUUCAGGGAGAGGUGGAAUAUGUGCUCAAGUAUCCAUGGCACAGAAGUAUGCCAAGGCUGGAGGCAAGAAGCUACAUAGAGCAAUAUGGGGCAAAUGAUGUCUGGCUUGGAAAGUCUAUGUACUUGAUGCCAUGCGUCAGCAAUGCCAAGUAUCUAGAGCUGGCAAGACUUGACUUUAACAGUGUACAGAGUAUACAGCAAAAGGAAAUCCAAGAGCUCCAAAGGUGGUGGAUAGUGUCUGGUUUGGCAAAGCUAGGUUUUACUCCCGACCGGCUAGUUGAAACAUAUUUUGCGGUGGCGGCGAGCAUGUUUGAGCCAGAAUUCGCUAUGUGCAGAGCAGUUUACACAAAAGCUUCCAUCUUUAUUGUUAUUUUGAACUACUUUUAUGAAGCGUACGCCACAUCAGGACAUGACGUCACACUAUUUUCUGAAGCAAUUACCAGGUGGGAUCUCUCUCUAGUGGAUAAAAUGCCUCAAGAAAUGAAAACUUGUUUCUUGAGUUUUUAUGAUACAAUGAAUGAAAUUGCACAAGAGGGAAGCAGGAGACAAGGACGUGAUGUAUUGCCUUAUAUUAGAAAUUUGAUGGAGGUUCAAGUAGCAUCCCAUGAUAGUGAAGCAAAAUGGGUGCAAGAUAAAUAUACACCUUCAUUGGAUGAGUACAUAAACAAUGCUAAAAUCUCCAUGGGAUUAGGCACAAUAGUUCUAACCUCUGUGCUUUUUACGGGAGAGCUUCUUUCUAGUAAUGUCCUUUCAAAAAUUGGGCAUGGAUCCAAAUUUCUUCAUCUCAUUUCUCUUACAGGACGCCUAAUCUAUGAUAGCAAAACUUAUGAGGAGAACAAAAUCCGAGGUAAAGUUUCUGCAAUACAAUGUUGCAUAAAAGAUCAUCCAGAAAUCUCAGAAGAACAAGCCUUGAACCAUAUUUACACUCUCAUGCAAAAUGCCUUAUUGGAAUUAAAUUGGGAAUUGGUCACCAACAAUGAUGUCCCAGAGAGUUGUAGAAAGUUGGUUUUUAACACAGCGAGAGCAAUGCAACUAUUUUUCAUGGAGAAGGAUGGUUUUACAUUAUCUCACCUUGAAAUGCAAGAGCAUAUCAAAAAGUGCCUUUUCCAACCAGUUUUAUAGAUGGAGGAAACUACACUACAUAUAUAUGCUUUGACUACUAAAGUGUCUUCUACUCAAAAUAUGGAUGAUUCAGGAUUUUGUCAAAUGAAUUUCUCUUUCCUCUUGUAGAUUGACCUUUAUCAGGUCUUAUAAUAAAAGUGGAUUUAGAGUUUGGGUUUCCCAAAAAUAUAA